AUGCAACGAAUUCGGUUCGUCCAAAGGAAUCGAACGCUAAAACUUUGCUACAUUUUCAGUACCAAUAAUACUAGUAACUUGGACGUUGUGGGAAAAUUACUUUCCUGCAUAAAAGAAAAGCUGGGAAUCAAAAUGCUCGCUUUUAAGAAUUAUUUUAGCCUGUCCGACACAACAGAGAUGUGUGAGAGUAUUAUUCCCGAUUUGCCAAUGGAUUUUGCAAUAUUUGUCGUCCAUGCGAACGAAGAUCGAUUUUUAAUCAACGAAGACAGCACGAGGAUUUACAGAGCUUUGUGGAAGGCCACAGGUAAGUUCUAAUAUUAUGUAGUACUGGUUUGCCGUUUACCUAUUUGUAAAACAACACGCCUAAUAUUCAAUUCGAUCGAUGAUAAUCAGCCUAGCAUCAUAUAAACAACCCAGAAUGAACUUUUCAACCGGAAAGUCGCUAUCAAUCACUUUGUGAAAAUCGUUGAACAAACAAACCCUUUUGUACAAAUACCACCAUGAAUAUCUUCCACGACAUGAUGGCAUUGUUGAUCCCUUCGGUUUUGUACAAUAACUAAGUGAUUUCUUAAAUCAAACUAAAAUCAGUGAGAAAAAGGGGAAGAAGCUAUUUGAUUUCGUUUUCAAAUUUAACCCAAAAAAAGGAACUAGCGAGAAACACAGCAGAGUAAAGCAGGUGUUUACCAUGUAGCAUUGUAAAAUAUAUCACCCCAUAUAAGGAAAUCUGAAACAGUCUUGGAUUCUGGAUUCCUUGCCAUGGAUUUCGGUCUCUUUGAAAGGGUCUUGAUAGUGGAAAGUGGAUUCUGAAUUCUGGAUUCCUUGAGCACGACACGUACGUGCAGUGCAAAAGUCUAAAGGUCCCGAUUUAAAAAGGAAUUUUAACUUCUUUUAUUGAGUUAUAGGAGGAAAAGUACUCGUUGUUAUCGGUGGUGAUGACAACUACAGGGACUCUGCUGAGGAACAAGGUUCCUUCCUGUCGCGCUGGGCUCGGAAAAAAGUUUCUUCUCAGUUCAGCGAAGAAUACUUGGAUGGAAAGCAGAGCUUUAUCUUCUCUUGGAACAAUGGUCACAGACCAAUUCACGAAGAAGCACUGUUGCAUUACUUUGAUCCUCAUAAAGAGGAAAAGAAAUUUGUUCCCGAAAAGAAGACUGAAGUAGCGAACACUCAAGUGCUCCCCAAACAGGUUUGCUUGUGUGCAUGUACCUUGUGAAAUUUUGGCGACACUAUUUUGAAAAAAAAUCCAUUCAGUGGUACUUCGAGAAACUCGGCGACUGAUGGUUUUGCACACUUUUUGGAACAAACAUAUCGCCUCGUUUUCCCGAAUUUAGGAACUGAAAAUCAGAAUGUUACUAACUCUGUAAUAGUUAUUGUUUAACCAGACAGCCGUUAUAUCUUAUCAAGAACUCAUAAUUACAAUCUCGUGUUGCAGGAAGAAGAUGAGCACAGGGAUGAGUCAAAUGUACCGUUCGAGGACUUCGAGGAAAUAACCCAUGCUAAUGUACCA